AUGGACUCCCCAUCGAUAUCUCAGGUUGCCCCUAAUCUGUUUGUUGGGAACGUUGCGAGUUCCAUGAACCGCAAUGUUCUUCGCCAUCACAACAUCACGGCAAUAGUUUCCCUCCUGGACGGCCCAUAUUCGAAAUGGGAUAGCCCCAAAAACAGGCAAAUAGUCCCUCAAGAGUGCCAUCUAUUUGUGCCUUGCCUAGAUAAUUCGACGAUGGACAUUCUCUGCUUAUUAGACAACAUCUGCGACUUUAUCGACCUGCAACUAGAUCGUCACGGCUCACUGCGCUCGCCAUCUUAUAUUAUGUCGGAAGAAUUCGGCACUGACACGGCUUCUACCAUCGAAAGCGAAGAUCCUGCGCAAGAGCCGAACGUAUUGAUCCAUUGUCGCCUUGGGAUGUCCCGAUCAGCAUCCGUUGCAAUAGCAUAUCUAAUGCGGCAACGACAACUGGAUUUGGACGUCAUCAUCGCUGAAGUCAGGGCAAGGCGAAAGGUGAAGCCGCGAGUGAACUUUAUGGAUCAACUCCAAGUUUGGCAAGCUGUCGAAUAUCAACUAUGGGAGGACAACCAGAAACGAAUCCCCAAGGCACCUUAUCAGAGUUACCUUGAUGGCCGAGCUGUAAGACUGGCAGCAAAGGGAUUAACGGGUAACGAGCCUAUAGUCCCGCUUUGCGACUGGGACGAAUAUUGA